AGCCUAUAGUUGUAAUCCAUCACCGUGUUAAGUGUAGGCUGCAUUUCAUUCUCAGCCAUACAGACUUGUUAGAAACAUGCAAAAAAUUGUAAUUUGGAAAUUUUCACUGUCUGCAAUAUUAUUUAACUCAGUACAUGCAAAAUAUUUUGGCUUAAUGCGCUGUUCAUUCUUCAGAUAUCUAGUAGCUGCAUGUGGCUAGCACACUUCUGGUGAAUUCCCAGAGGUUUAGGGUGUCAGAUGACGGUUUCAAAUAAAACGAAUUUAUUUCAGGCCCAGAUCCCAUCUCUUCUGGAGCAAAGUAGCUCUUGAAGGAAACAGGGAGUCACAGGGACUACUGCCACUUGUAAAAACACCUGUUCUGACAAGUGACUCCUGCUAGAGCUUCUGAGCAGAAGAUUUUAGAAAGGAUUUAAGCUAGGGUCUAUGUAGCUCAGGCUGGCCUCACAUUCAAAAUUCUCCUCCCUAAACUUUCGCUAUGCUGUGAUUACAGCCAUCCACCAUACCUGGCCCAGAGGCCGUUAUUGAUUUCCCCUAUCACGUGAAUCAGAUUUGGUAAUGUCACCUAGUCCAGAAGCCAUCCCAGGCUUUGUGACCACAGACACUGUGGAUACACUUGCUGAAGGUGAUAAGCUGGGGUAAAUGGAAUGGGCCACCACUGUCAGGCUGCAUAGUAAAAGGAACUUUACUGGAGAGUUGGUGAGGGUAUGGUAACUGAGAUGACAGCCAGCUGGUGAAUUCUAAAUAGCACCCCAUGUCCUUCCUUCUCCCCUCACACUGAGCUACUCUCAUCACGCCAUGUCCAUCACCUGUGGCAUUUAGAGUUGUGUUAAUGCUCUGUCUUUCGGAAACAAAGAGAAUAACAAAUGGUACUAGAGGAAAGAGUUUUUUGUGUUGGAAGCUCAAAAGUUUUGGCCUAACAUGAGUGACUUUUGUAGAAUCAACUAGGGCAGCACCAGGAACUCUUAAGUUUGGUGCUGUUCUCUUUCACAGGUAAGUGCUGUAGCAUCUUAUCUUAUCAAAAAAUCUUUUAAGAAUCAACAAUGGAUUUAGAGUUUAAAGGAAGUAUUUCUUGCAAAAACCAUCCCAUCUUUAUUUCAGAGCUUAGCCAAAAUUGUAAGUUGGGGCUACAGGUGGUACAGUAAGAACUUGAUUAGUAAGUCAGGCUGAGCAGUUUUAAUGAAGGUAGAGAGUUCUGUCUCUUGUGUGGCUGAGCAAUGUUUUCUGUUUCAUCAGUCAGGAAGUUAGUUCAUGAACAAAAUGCAGUUUCACUGGCUUGGUGAAAAUGCAAGCCUACAGAGAGAUGCACAGGUUCCACUGCUGCUGCCUCUGAAUGGUGGUUUUCCUGUUCUCUCUCAGGAGUCAAAGGGAUAGUGCCCUCACUGGGCAGAUGAUAUAGGAAUAGAAGGCAUGAAUCCAUUUUUCUAUUUUCCUCCUCUGCAGCUGAACCCUCACAGUUCUCUGCACUCUUCCAGGAGCAACAGAAAAUGAACUCCAUUCAGGUGAAGUCAGUUUUUAGUAAGUUUUCUUUACAAUGGAUUUUAUAAAGAUUUCUGUGUCUACACAUUAAUGAAAUAAUAAAAUGGGUCAAUUUUUAAUAGAAAUGUAAGGACCCUGACUGGAUUAUGAUCUAAUUUGAUUGUAAUCAAAUCCAAUGGGUGUUGUCUUUAUCUUUUCCACAACACUUGCUUCUACAUUUCUCACUCUGCCCUGGAAAGUUUCUUUGUUAGUGACACUAGCCCUGUCCUUUCCCUGCCAAUAUCUUUUGGAGUUAUUUUCUCUCAUGUUUUCAUGCCUCACCCCCCUGUCUUCCAUCCUUGGCCCCUUCAUCUCUUCUGUUGUCUCAGAAUUACUUCAUUCUCAGAUUUUUUAAUAGCUUUCUUGAGAUUCAAUUUACAUACUGUACCAUUCACAUACUUAAAUUGUAGAAUUCUGUGAUUUUUCAGUAGACUUUCAGUGUAUUGUCAUCACCCCUGUCAAUUUUGGAAUAUUUUUAUUGCCUAAAAGACACUAAACACCUUAACUCUCACUAUUCUCUCCAAGUCCCAAGCAACCCCUAAUUUGCUGUCUAUACAUUUGUUUAACUAUACCCUUAUUUCUUAUAGGACAAUUUUGCAUGUUUUGAAUUCUCUCAGUUUUUGUUCAUCAGGGAAGUUUUUAAUUUCUGUUCUUGCCAAAUGCAUGUGGUUCUUGGUUGAGUUUCUUUCAGCACUUUUUUUUUUUUUUUUUGGCAAUGCUAGGGAUGAACCCAGGCCCUUCUGCAUGCCAAACAAGUGCUGUACCUCUGAGUAGUAGUUCCUAUUGAUUUCAUCUUUUUCCUUCCAUAUGGGUCAGUCUUGUUUUUUUUGGUUUGCAAGUUUUUUUUGUGGAAAAGUUAACAUUUUAAGCAAAAUAAUCUGACAGCACUAGAAAUCAGGAAUUUCUUCCCUGUACAGGUAGUAUUGAAAUUUAUUUGUUCCCUGAUUUUUGAAAACUAAUUCUGUAGAACCUAUGUUUGCAGCUAAAGUUGGCAGAAAUUUCCUUAAGGCCUGGACCCAGUAAGUCCCAGCCUUUGCCAAAGGGCUCUGUGGAUAUUAAGGUAUUCCUUCUGUAGCUGUCUAAUUUACAACUCUGCACCCUGCUUCUCUUACUCCAUACCGAAGGUCGCCCACAGGUGACAGUUUAGGUCCUUCCUUAUCUGCCCUGAGCAUAUGCUCAAUUCUAUGCAUGUAGGGAACCUUCUGGAUUCUCAGGAAUACAUAGGAACUUUUUGUUUUUGAUCAGGCUACUGUUUGCCCCAGGCAUUACCCACUAUUUCCAGUAGACUGAGAAGUUAAACAACUGUCUUUAAAUGUUUUUGACUAAUGUUCCUGAGAAUCAGACUGUACACCCUGGGUGAGCUUUGAGUUAAUUCAAAUAGCCUUGCCAUUGAGGUCUUUAGGGAACCUCCAGGCAAGUCACAUAAUGAUAGUUUUCUGAGAAUGAGGCUUUGACAGAAGUUUAAUCCCAUUCUACCUCCUCCUAGUUGCUAGGCUGCUGAUUUCACUGUUAUUUCAGACUGCUGGUUCUCAGAGCUACCACGGAAAUGGAGCGAUGGAAACAGAGCAAGUUAAAAUGACACAAGAUCACAGUUCUUGACGUAGCUAUUUUCUGGUGUAACUGUUCUUCAGAUUUCUGCAAGCCUUGGAUUAGCCUACUUUUUCUGAAAAAGUUGAUUCUAUAAUUAUGGUAGUCUCUCGUUGCUUUUAUGGAAGAAUUUGUUGGCUCUUUACUGUUUUUUAAGUUUAUAGGUACAGGAAAUUGACCUUUUAUCAGUUUCCAAGACACUGUUUUCAGAAAACUCCUCUGGCUCUGUGACCUAUAUAUCUUCUGCCAGUCUUUUCCUAUCUGUGGUUCCUCAGCUGAUGUUUUGGGGACUUUUCCUUCCUUAGUCCAUAUGUGCUCAAGGAACUGUCUCAUGGUCUCUAACAAUGUCAGGUAACAAAUGGUCGGUCACUCCUAGAUGUGGUCUUCACGUUAGACCUCCUACAUGCUGUAGAAUCCCAUGUAUCCUGGUUCCUGUUCUAUACACCCUAUGUAGCAGCAACAUGAACAGAUCUAGUCCUGUAAAACUUCCAAUGCAUUUUCUUCCUUUUUUUCCAGAAUGACAAUUUUUAGCACCAUCAUAUCAAAUUUUAGCAUUUUCAUUUAGAAAUGUGAAAUUAUAUAAUGUAUAUACUUAUAAAUACAUCACAAUCACUCUACUGUGUGAUAGAUCUGAAAAAUUUAUUCCUCCUUUCUAACCAAAACUUUGUACCCUUUGGCCAAUACCUUUCCAUUUCUGUCUCCUGGUUAACUGCUAUGCUACUCUACUUCUAGAAGUUUGAUUUUUUUCUAUUUAUAUUAUAAGUGAGAGCUUAUUUGAGAUAUUUGCCUAUCUGACAACUAAAAAGAAAAGAGAGAAAAGAGAAGCCGCUCAUAUGGCUAGACUGGGUCGUGCACAGGAAAGUAGUUAUCCAGUGAUUGUUGCUUCUCCUAUGUGAUUAUGUUCCUGUUUUAACAUUUGUUGCAAUACAGGUAGUAUGCUCUUACACCAGUCUCUUUGGUGCCAACUCCUUUGUAGUAUGUUCGCUGCUCUUCAUGAUUAUGUAUUUUUAUAUUUAAGUUCUGUCAGGUCUAAUAGCCCCAGAGCUUAUAAGGAUCUCUUUGUUGACUCCCAUUUACAGUGAUGAUGUUCAAGGAAUGCGAACAUCCUUAAAGAAUUUCACCUAGAAUAACUCUUUGGGAUGUGGAAGGAGAGUUGUAGGAAGUCUGUCUACAUUCAGUUUUUUUUCUUAAAAGAUCUGUAAUUCACAGACAGGUACAGCAGUUCACACCUGUACUCAGAGGCAGGGAUCUGGAGGAUCAGGAGGACUGGGGUUUGAGGCCAGAUCAGACAAAAAGUUUGCACGAUCUCAUUUCAGCCAAUGAAAAGCUGGGGUGGUGGUGUAUACAUUUGUCAUCCCAGCUAUGCAGGAAAUGUAAAUAGGAGGACCAGAGGUCCAGGCUAAGUCUAAGCAUAAAUGAGACACCUUACGUUAAAAAUAAGCAAAGCAAACAGGACCAGGAAUGUGGCUCAAGUGGUAGAGUGCCUACCUAACAAGCUCAGAGCCCUGACAACUUCAAACCCUAUUGCUGCCAAAACAAAACACCAAACUAAUUCAUGCAUGUAUAUAAAUGAAUUAUGGCAUGUUAAUAAGUUUCUUAGUGCUGGGCAUCAGUGGCUCAUGCCUGUAAUCCUAGCUACUUGAGAGGAAGAGUUUAGGAGGAUUGCUCUUCAAAGCCAGCCUGGGAAAAUAGUUCUGGAAACCCUGUCUUGAAGAUACCAACCACAAAACAGGGCUGGCAGAGUGGCUCAAGUUACCGGUAGAGUGCCUGCCUAGUAAGUGUGAGGCCCCAAGUUCAAAAUCCCAAUGCUGCCAAAAAAAUUGCUUAGCUAAUUGAGAAACACUAAAGUUUACUACAAAUUUAGGUGCAUAGUUGGCUUUUAUAAGACCAUUUUCUUUUGGAGAUCCUGAAGAGUAAAAAUUAGUAGUUCUCAGAGAUUUUUUUCUAUGUCAGUUCUGAACCCUUGAACAAAAUGUUUGUAACAGGGAUCAGUGUCAUUUGAAGACGUGACUGUGGAAUUCACGCAGGAGGAGUGGCGGCACAUGUGCCUUCCUCAGAGGACCCUAUACAGAGACGUGAUGCUGGAGAACUACAGCCACCUCAUCUCUCUGGGUGAGCAGAUGUUCUACAUGUGACUCCUUCAGGAGGAUACAUCGGUUUUUUAUUUUUAAUGAUCAAAACACAUGGACUCUUACCAAGGUUUGCAUUAAGAAUACUAAAGUCAUUGACACCUUUAGAGAAACAGAAGCAAUGUGUCAAUACUUCCCACUGACAGCUUCAACUUCUGCUUCUCUUGCUGCUGUAUCUUAUCCACCUUUGGAAACCCCAAAGGUUUUGGAUCUGCUCUGUGAGAACCCUCAAUUAUUUAUUUACAGGAUACUGCAUUACCAAACCCGAGGUGAUAUUCAAGUUGGAGCGAGGAGAAGAGCUGUGGUCCUUAGGGGACAAAUUCCUAAGCCAGAAGUAUCCAGGGUAUCAUAAAGUUGAUGUCCACAUCGAGGGAGACCAGGAAAAAUAAGAGAAACCUCUGAGGCAAGCACUAUUUACUGAUGACAAAACACUAAGUGAAGAAGGACAGAAAGUUUUAGGAAAACCACUUCAUCUGGGCAUGGCUUCUACAAGUAAUUGUUACUCACAUAGAAUGAAUUUGCCAGGUGUUUCUGAGUUAAUCAUUAGUGAGGGAAACUGUUCAAGAGAGAUGACUGAUUACAUGAAUGUAUGUGAAAAGUUGUGGCUUGAUAUUAAACAGGAAGAUACUUAUGAGUAUAAUGAAGAUGUGAAUGGUCUCGAUUAUGAGAAAGGUCAACAUCAGAAUUUUCAAACUUUGGCUCAAUGUAUUGACUGCAGUGAGUUUGGAAGAAUGUUAUAUGGAAAGACUGUUUGUAUUGCAGUUGAGAGUUCUCCAACAAGAGAGAAGUUCUUCAAGGAUGAUGAAUGUAGGCAAAUCAGUGAUAAAACAAUUCUAUUAAACCACAUGAGAACUGACACACAGGAGAAAAGCUCUCAUCUUAACUGUGGAAAAUCCUGCAACAAAAACACCAUUGUAAAAUACAAAAAAGUUCAUAUGGCUAUACCACACCAUGGAUGUAAUAAAAUUGUUAUCAGUGGGAAGUCACCUCUUAUUCAAAUCCGGAGACCUCUUAAAGGACAGAGUACUUUUGAAAGCAAUAAAUGUGAAGAAAACUUGAGCCACAGUCCAGCCUGUAUAAAGCAUCAGGAAAAACAAACUGGGGAUAAUGUCUAAAUGCCUUCUACCAGAAAUCACACCUUACAAUAUAUCAGAGAAGUCAAGGGAAACUCUACCAAUCUACUGUGCAUGGGAAAUACAAGAAAGCACACCUCACCCAGCAUCAGAGAACCCACUCAGGGGAGAGUCCUUAUAAAUGUGCAGAAUGUGGGAAAUUCUUUUGUUCAAAUUCGUGCCCCAUUCAUCAUCCUGGAGCUCAUAUGGGGUUCAAACUCUAUGAAUGCAGUGAAUGUGGGAAAACAUUCUGUCAGAAGCCAAACCUUGGUGAACAUCUGAAAACUCACACAAAGCAGAAGCCUUAUGAUAACAAAUCACCUCUCCUAGAACACCAGAGAACAGAUACAGCGAGGAAGCUCAAUCCAGGUAGCGACUAUGGGAAACCAUUUGUCAUGAUGGGACAUCUCAAAGAACAUCAGAGAGUUCACACAGGAGAGAAGACCUGUGAACGGACUGAAUGUGGGAAAACUUUCUCCAAGGUAUCACAUCUCAGGGCACACCAGAGAACUCAUACAGGUGAAAAGCCCUAUGAAUGUACUGAGUGUGGAAAAACUUUCUCUCACAAGACACACCUCAAUGCACAUCAGAGCAUUCAUACUGGGGAGAAACCUUAUGCAUGUAAUGAGUGUUGGAAAGCUUUUGCUGAUAAUUCAACCCUCAGAGCACACCAGAGAAUUCACACAGGGGAGAGACCCUAUGAAUGUAAUGAAUGUGGGAGAUCUUUUGCUCAUAAUUCCAUUCUCAGAACACAUCAGAGAAUUCACACAGGAGAGAAACCCUAUGGAUGUAAUGAAUGUGGGAGAACUUUUACUUACAAUUCAGCCUUCAAAGCACAUCAGAGAAUCCACACAGGUGAGAAACCCUAUGAGUGCAGUGACUGUGAGAAAACUUUCACCCAUAAUUCAGCUCUCAAAGUACAUCAGAGAAUCCACACAGGGGAAAAACCAUAUGAGUGUAAUGAAUGUGAGAAAACUUUUGCCCAUAAUUCAGCACUCAGAGCACAUCAGAAAAUUCACACAGGGGAGAAAAUCUACAAAUGUAACGAAUGUGGGAAAACUUUUUCCCAGAAGACACACCUCAGUACACACAAAAGAAUUCACACAGGAGAGAAACCCUAUGAAUGUAGUGGAUGUGGAAAAACUUUCUCUCAGAAGUCAUACCUCAGAGGACAUGAAAGAACUCACACAGGAGAAAAACCCUAUAAGUGCAACAUAUGUGGGAAGACUUUUGUCUAUAAGGCAGCUCACAUAGUACAUCAAAGAAUUCACACAGGGGAGAAGCUCUAUGAGUGUAAUGAAUGUGGGAAAACUUUCUCUCAAAGAACACACCUCUGUGCACAUCAGAGAAUACACACAGGGGAAAAACCCUAUGAGUGUAAUCAAUGUGGGAAAACUUUUGCUGAUAACUCAGCCCUUAGGGUACAUCACAGAAUUCACACAGGGGAGAAACCCUAUGAAUGUAAUGAAUGUGGGAAAACAUUCUCCAAGACAUCACAUCUCAGAGCACACCUGAGAACUCAAGGGGAGAAACCCUAUGAGUGUAAUGAAUGUGGAAAAACUUUCUCUGAGAAGUCUUAUGUCAGUGCACAUCAGAGAGUUCACACAGGUGAGAAACCUUACACAUGUAAUAUAUGUGGGAAACCAUUUGCCUAUAAUUCAACCCUCAGGGUACAUCAGAGAAUUCAUACUGGAGUAAAAUCCUAUGAAUGUAAUGAAUGUGGGAAAACUUUCUCCCAGAAAUCACACCUUAGUGCACACCAGAGAAUUCACACAGGUGAGAAACCCUAUGAGUGUAAUGAGUGUGGAAAAGCUUUUGCCCAAAACUCAACUCUCAGAGUACACCAGAGAAUUCACACAGGGGAGAAACCUUUUGAAUGUGGUGAAUGUGGGAAAACUUUUGUCCGUAAGGCAGCUCUUAGAGUACACCAUACCAGAAUGCACACCAGAGAGAAAACCCUAAUAUGUAAUGAGUUUGGAAAGUCCUGAAACAACUACACAGUGGAAAAACCUCAUGUGACAAAGGCAUUAUUUUUUCCUUUAUCCAUCUCUUUUCCACUAGGGAUACAUGUUGAUAAAAAUUUCCAAGCAGUCAUUCAUCCAGGUGGAGCUGGCCAUGCAGUAUGACACUAAUGAUAUUAUAGUUGAGCCUGACCUUUAAACAAUUACCUUACAUUCUUCCUGGUCCAUUGCAAAAUGAAAUAGGACAGCCACAGAAAACAUGGAACUGUGUGCUGACACAUGGUAGAACACAGGGUGAAAGAUACCAGAGGGAAUAACUGGAACAGAAUCCCCACUUUCAGAGCCUCAUUGUUUUUUUUUUAAGAAGAACAAGUUUGUAGUCAGCUGAGCUCUUACAUGUUUGUUCUAUUAGUUAAAUGUACAUAGUUUAUCCAACUGUUAGUGGGAUGAAAGUAUUAAUAUAAUAAACAUCGGAAGACAUAAGAAUUUAACUUACUAGGCUGGAGGUGUGACUCAAGUGGUAGAGCAACUGCCUAGCCAGCAUAAGACCCUGAAUUCAAACCCCUGUACACCCUCUGCAAAAGAAUUAUUGUACAUCCAAGACUUCACAUGAGGAAGAAAACUUCUGUCAACAUCCUGAAUCUUCAUUAAAAACCAGACAUAUCUCAGGGAAAACACAGAAGCCUUACUAUGAACAGAACUGCAUUAUACAUCAAAUGGUUUGACUGAAAUUUUAUAUUUUGUGUAAAUGACUCUUUUCAAUAAAUAUUGAAGGUUUAUCAUAAGAUAAUGUAAGAAAAUAAUGACCCCUACACUAACUCACUAUAGAAUGUGGAGUUUUGAAAAUGGAGGAAUACAUUCUGUGGACACCAUCAAUACCAUCAAUAAAUGUUUGUGGAUAGUCUCUGAGCUAUGUGGAGCAUCUGGAUGAGUCUUUUAUAAACAUGAUUCAUUGUUACUGGUGAAUUCUAGUAGGAGCCAGCAGCCAAAUCUGCGCUGGUCCUGUUCACUUCCAUAUGUUUAGUGGCAUCUCUGUUCUCUUGGUGUUGUUUAACUCAGUGCUGUUAGAGUUUGGCCUGCCUGCUGUGACUGAAUGUUAGUCUAGCCUUAUUUUUCUACAAUCUUGAAGAACCAUGAGAUUUUCUAUGUAUGUGGCAGUGUUGGUCCUUACUCUUUUUAAAGAGUGAUUAUAAACACAAGUCUUGUCUCUGCCCCUUUUAUAUGCAUUGAAUCUGAAUGUCCUGUCUUUUAUGUAUUUUUCAGUCAUCAUGUCUGCACUCACACCAUACAACUUUGCAAACCAGUGGUAUUUCAAAUCAACUGAGAUAGCAGGAUUUGGAACUGCAACAGAACUACAUCAUACCAGAAGCAUAGCACUGGUACUGAUUCACUUUGGGGAAAAGAUACAGUGCAGUACAGUCUUGACCAAGAAACUCUCUUUGUGUACUCUAUCAUCAUCUCAGGCUAAUGGUUUGUUCAGCAGGGAGAAGAAUGUAAAGUCAUUAAAACAAUUAAAUGUUGCUUUCUGUAAGUUUGAUCUGAUUGAGUAUGAGGACAAUAAACCAAUUGAGAAAAAUAUGGCAUAACUUUUGGAUUAAGUGGAGAAUAGGUAUAUGUGUUAUUUUUCAUUGCCCUGACAGACCACUCAAGAUAAAUAACUUAAGAGGGAGGAUUUAUUUUAGCUCAUGGUUUCAGAGGUUUCAAUCAUUAGCUCCUUUGCUUCCCGCCUAUAAUGAGACCAAUGUCAAGGCAGAGAGCAUGUGGUAGAAGAGUGGAAAAGAGCUGUUCACCUCAUGGGGGAUGGAAAAGGGGGGAAGAUCAGUAACCCACUUCUUCCAAGCAGGCCCUGCUUUCUUUUAAUCAAUGGAUUCAUCCAUCGAUGCGGUUAGUUACCCUCACUAGCCACACACCUCUCAAUAGCACCAACAAUAUGGGACACACGAGCCUAUUUCCAGAACACUUCAUAUCCACACUGUAACAGUAGUUCUUUGACACCAGGUAGUUAUCAGUUAAUUUAGAGGCAUCUGUGCCAAAGUAAAGAGCCAGUAAGAGCUCACCAUUGGAUGAGAGCUGUGCUGUACUACCAUUAUGGAUGGAUGAGACACCAGAGACUGGAUCCUCACACUUAGCAAGAAGGUGCCCACAGCAAAGAGUAUUUUUGCCUCUCCUCAGGUUCUCACCCCUUCGGGCAACAUGCACUUAUUGCUCAGUGCCCGAAGGGAACCAAGAGCCAAAAACCAUCUCUUAUCGACAUGUCCAAUUUUUCAGAAAAGUACAGAUGAAAAGAAAACUGAUCCAGAGUACUUUUAGAAAUUUAAAUUCCCCUAUUAACAUAAACUGUUACUGUGGUACAUUUGUCAUAAUGAAGUAACACUAAUGUUUCACUAGUUUCGCCCUCAUGGGAUGAAGAGAUAUGGAAGAACUGAGAGUCACUCUUAUGAAGAGAUUAAAAAGUAAAAUUCUCCAAAUCAAAUAAAUUCUGGGCAGCAAAGACAACAGAUGUUCUAAUGAACACCAAAAAGCAAAAAAAUUACGGGCCAUGAACUGGGAUCAUUAUGAGACUAAAUUUUGAGUGCUGUAAUUUUAAGCUGUUUGCAUUAAUAUUGUCAACAUUAAAACC